UUUUAGCGCUGCACCGUAACAUGAUCAACGGAAACAAAACCCGAAAUUCUGUGGGAAUUCAAGUACUUUGGCAACUACCCCAUUUUCCUUUUUGUUGAUUUCAAAAAAUUCAUUUGAAUACAUUUUGAAACACUUGUAUGGGUUAAGAUGGGAGUACCGAAGUUUUACCGAUGGAUUUCGGAGCGGUAUCCGUGUCUCAGUGAAGUUGUCAAGGAACAUCAGAUUCCUGAAUUUGACAACCUCUACUUGGACAUGAAUGGCAUCAUCCAUCAGUGCUCCCACCCUAAUGAUGAAGAUGUGCACUUUCGUAUCUCGGAGGAAAAGAUCUUCGCAGAUAUUUUCCACUACUUGGAGGUGCUCUUUCGCAUCAUCAAGCCACGCAAGGUGUUCUUUAUGGCCGUGGAUGGUGUGGCUCCACGGGCAAAGAUGAACCAGCAGAGAGGAAGACGAUUUAGGUCAGCAAAAGAGGCUGAGGAUAAGAUUAAGAAGGCACUAGAGAAGGGUGAAGUGCUCCCAACGGAAGCAAGGUUUGACUCCAACUGCAUCACCCCAGGGACAGAUUUCAUGGCCAGACUCCAGAACCAGCUGAAAUAUUUUGUCCACAGCAAACUGUCAUCGGACAAGUUAUGGCAGGGAGUCAGCGUCUAUCUCUCUGGCCACGAGACGCCUGGAGAAGGAGAGCACAAGAUCAUGGAGUUUCUUCGUUCGGAGACUGCCAAGCCGAGCUAUGAUGCAAACACUAGACACUGUCUGUAUGGCCUAGAUGCUGACCUGAUCAUGCUUGGGCUGGUCAGCCACCAACCGCAUUUUUCUCUGCUGAGAGAAGAGGUUCGCUUCGGGGGUAAAAAGUCUCAGAAAAGGAUAACAGCUCCUGAGGAGACCACGUUCCACCUGCUGCACCUGUCCCUCAUGAGGGAAUACAUUGACUAUGAGUUCUCUGCACUGAAGAAUCGGAUCACAUUUGAUUACGACUUGGAGCGAAUCAUUGAUGACUGGGUACUGAUGGGCUUCCUGGUGGGAAACGACUUCAUUCCUCAUCUACCUCACCUGCACAUCGACCAGGACGCUCUGCCCCUGCUGUACCGUACCUACAUCAACGUGCUGCCCAAACUCGGAGGUUAUCUCAAUGAGAACGGGAACCUGAACCUGGCUAACUUCGAGAAGUAUCUGGAGACACUUUCCCAGUUCGACCGUGAGCACUUCAGCGAGGUCUUCGUGGAUCUGAAAUGGUUUGAGAGCAAGGUGGGGAACAAGUACCUGAACGAGGCGGCUGGCCUGGCAGCAGAAGAAGCUCGGGGGCGGGACAGCAAAAAGAAGAAAAAGGUGCCUGAAGGUGCUCUCUGUCUGGCUGCUCUGGAUGGGGGACAGGAUUCCGACGGCCCCCCCACCAAAGAAUGCUCGGAGGAGGACGGCGAGGACGACGAUAUGUUCGAGACGGAGUUUCGCCAGUACAAGCGAUCAUACUACAUGACGAAGAUGGGGGUGGAGCUGGUGUCUGAGUGA